CAGCAUCUUCUCGUUCAGGUCUUGCCCAUCACGGCGGGAUUCACACGUUGAUUCCACGCCUUUGCAAGAUGCCCCUCGCCGUGCUCAUUUGCUCCUCGCGCUCCCCGCUGUACAUCUCUUACUCUGAGUUGUGCAUCCCCAGUCACCGCCAUGUCCGCUCCCACCGAUGAUGAGCUCCUUGCCGCUCUCCAGCGCCUGCACGUCGAGCAGCCUGGGCUGGGUGUCGGCAAGGCGCACGCGCAGAUCAAGAAGACGUUCCCCGAGUGGUCUGUGUCGUCUAAGAGAAUCAAGCUGAUGCGCGACGCACACGGAAUGACGCCGGGGAUGGAGAACAAGACAGCGUCAACCUCAGCCGUGGUACCGCGCAUGAGCAACCGCCAAGCCAAGAAGGAGAAGCGGGAGGCGCUCAACUUUUUGCACCAGCGGAUACAGGAGGAGGCGAGGUCAAGGGGAUGGGGCCAAAACGGCCCGCCCCUUCCUGGCAAGAGCAAGAGUCAGGCCGAGAUCGACGACAUCUCCCGCCGCGUGCAGGAGCGCGUCAAGAACGGCUCCCAGGCGCUCAUCGACAUUCAGGCCGUCUUCGCCGUGCACUUCGCCCUCGGAAACCGCCAGGAAGACAGCUGGUACCCGCUGCUCCCCGAAGACGCGGCGGACGGGGACUAUGACUACGCGCGCCUGCACUGGGUGCACCCCUCGCGGCCGCGCACCCGGGACGCGACGGACUACUCGCUCGUCGAGCGCGCGAAGGUCGAGGCGAUCCUGGGGAACCCCGCGGGCGUGUACUUGCUGUACAAGGCGCUCGUGACGGCCGCGGAGGAGGCGGGGGUCGCGGUGAGCAAGGAGAGGAUCGCGCGGCAGCUGCGGAGCGAGUAUGGGGAGGACCCGAUUCCGUUCGAGAAGGAAGUGGAGCGAGAUACGGAGAGUGAGGCGGGGGUGCAGUUCAUGGCGCUGAUCAUGGAUAUCGCAGCGUAGGGUGUGCUGACACAGAUUUAACGACUGAUAGAUUUACGACUAUCUUACUUCGAUGCCCUGUAAUGUCACUUGCUUGCACGAAUUUUCGAAUUUUGGGGAUGAACACAGUGCGUUCAUUGCUUUCCAGAUGCUCCCAACCAU